AUGUCUGAAGUUCAGCGUAAAGUUCCAAGAAGAAGGUUUGUUGGGUCCAAGUCAGCGACUGGUGACAAAAUCAAGACUGUGGCGAGCAACGGUGGUGAGAUGGUCGCUAAGGGCUCUGCUAAUCCAACUAGAUCUAUCACACGUAUUCCAGAUGAUAUCUUGAAUGACGAGAACUUGAAUAAUGUCGUGGAGGCUCUACUGCCUUCGAACUAUAAUUUUGAAAUUCACAAGACUAUUUGGAAUAUAAGGAAGCAUAAUGCCACAAGAGUGGCACUGCAGAUGCCUGAAGGUUUGUUGAUUUAUUCUUUGAUUAUUUCCGAUAUUUUAGAGCAAUUUUGUGGGGUCGAGACUGUUGUUAUGGGGGAUGUCUCGUAUGGGGCCUGUUGUAUCGAUGACUACACUGCAAGAUCUUUGGAUUGUGACUUCAUCAUACAUUAUGCGCAUUCGUGUCUUGUUCCUAUUGAUAUUACCACCAUCAGAGUGCUGUACGUGUUCGUCACUAUUACUAUAAACGAGGAUCACAUUAUUAAGACGCUGAGAAAGAAUUUCGACAGAGGUCAAAGAAUUGCUCUGUUCGGUACCAUCCAAUUUAAUCCUGCUAUACACAGUAUCAAAGAGAGAUUAUUAACCACUGAGGAUGAUGAGCAUGUGCUGUAUGCUAUCCCACCUCAAAUUAAACCACUAUCCAGAGGUGAAGUUCUAGGUUGUACUUCGGAGUUACUUGAUCCAAACCAAUUCGAUGCAAUGGUCUUUAUCGGUGAUGGUAGAUUUCAUUUAGAAUCAGCCAUGAUCCAUAACUCUAAGAUUCCUGCCUAUAGAUACGAUCCUUACAAUAGAAAGUUCACAAGGGAGGGUUACGAUCAAGCCCAAUUGGUUCGUGUCAGAUCGGAUGCUAUUGAAACUUCCAGAAAGGCUAAUGUAUUUGGGAUUAUUCUUGGUGGAUUAGGCAGACAAGGUAACGUCCAAACUGCAAAGAGAAUGGAAGAAGGUUUGAAGAAGAUGGGUAAAACAGUUGUCAAAAUUAUUUUAAGUGAAAUCUUCCCACAAAAGCUAGCAAUGUUUGAUCAAAUUGACGCAUUCGUGCAGGUCGCAUGUCCAAGACUUUCCAUCGAUUGGGGGUACGCUUUUAAUAAACCCCUCUUAACUCCAUACGAAGCAAGUGUAUUAAUGGGGAAAGAUAUUAUGUUUACUGAGGACUAUUACCCAAUGGACUAUUAUGAGGCUAAUGGGUAUGGUCGUGGUAACGUUCCGGCUCAUUCGUCAUUUUAA